CCUCAAGUGCUGUGCAGAACUCUAAUCGCGCGGUCUUCAUCCAGUCUGACUGAUGGAGAGACGCGAAUCACACAAGUUCUGAAGGAGAAGUUUCCUCACGCUUCGUCGCUCAAGGUUGUGGAUAUAUCAGGAGGCUGUGGUGCAAUGUACGAAAUACACCUCGAGUCUGAUGAAUUUAGAGGAAAGAGAACAGUGCAACAGCACCAGUUAGUCAAUCAGGUAAGUCAAAUCCGACAUCCAUAUUUAUGUUCA